AUGACUCGAUAUUUUUCCAUCCUACUCCUUUUCACCCUCUUCAGUCGCAACAUCUUAGCGGCUGUCAUCCCAAACUCUGACGAUUUUGACCAUGAAGCUUUGAGUGACACCCUGAGCAAUGACCCUAUCUUUAGCAGCGAAGACGGGUCCGAAAAUGGCUUACUUUUUGAUCUGAGGGCGGAUGAGGAUGGUAAUGAAUAUUUGGAUGCACGAGACGCUGAUGCUGCAUCUACUCUCGACAUAAAGGCCUUUGCAGAUGAGGAACAAGAACUGAGUGACGAAGAACUGGAGUCGGCAGAUUCGAUUGUGGGUCGAGCUCCUGCGGAUUGCAACAAUGUUAUUCGCACGAGCAUAGACAACUGCAAAAGAGGUGUGCAGAGUGGCAUCGCAGCCUGCAAGAAGAGAAUCCAGGACGACAUUGCAACAUGCAAGGUUAAUGUGCGACGAGAUAUAGACCAGUGCAAGAAAAAGGCCAAGGACCCAUUUAGCAAAGCUCGUUGUGAGGCAAGACGGCCUUCUCGCAUGGCUCAGUGUGAACAACGAAGGAAGAAAAUCCCCCUUUGUGAAAAAGCCCGUCCCAAGGUCAUUAUUUGCUGUGAAGGUCUUAGAACGCAGGUGCAGGGCCUGUGUGCUGCCAAGGUAGUACCCACCCAACUGGUUCGCCAGCGACUGCUAUUCGGACAACAGCAAUGCAUGAGAGGUCUGAUAAUUUGA